AUGGAUAAGACAUGGAUGUAUCAAUCAAGAUUAAGUGAUGCAUACCAGAAAGGAGUUGACAUGUUUCUGGAUUUUGCAUUUACUAAUGCAAGUUAUGAGGAUAAGAUCAUAUGUCCAUGCAUCAAGUGUGGACUUACACUUCCCGUCACUCGGUCAGUUGCAUAUGAUCACUUAGUAUGUGAUGGCUUCACAAAGGGUUACACUAAAUGGGUUUUACAUGGUGAAGCAUCAUCUGUUGCUACAACAGGUCUUGAUAUGCACAUGCAGAAUAGGCCACAAUUAAAUAUUGAUACACAUGGAUUAGUACACGAGGCAUUUGGAAUCUCAAAUGACGAUGAUAGAGUCGAUGAAGACAACCCUGAAGAUUUGGGAGAUAAACCAAAUCCACAAGCAGAGAAGUUCUACAAGUUGAUACAUGAUGGACAAAAAGAGCUUUAUCCACAAUGUAGGAAUUUUACAAAGCUCUCAUUCAUCCUUCAAUUAUUUCAUAUCAAGAAUUUAGGCGGAUGGAGUAAUAAAUCGUUCACCAUGUUAUUAGAGUUAUUGAAGGAGGCAUUCCCAGAGGGUGUAACACUACCUAAUACUAUUCAUGAAGUUGAGCAGAUAGUCACGGAGUUAGGACUUAGUUAUGAGAAGAUUCAUGCAUGUCCCAAUGAUUGCAUGUUGUAUAGGAAUGAGCACAAAAAUGAUUCUGAAUGUUAUGUUUGCCAUACAUCUAGGUAUGUAACAGAGCAAAAUGAUUCAGGCAGCGAGGCAUCCUCUAAAAAAGGCAGCUAUAAAACACCUUCUAAGGUUCUACAUUACUUUCCUCUGAUACCAAGGCUACAAAGGUUAUUCAUGUCAUCCAAAACAACAUCAUCUAUGAAGUGGCAUAAAAAAUGUCGCACCGAUGAUGGUUGUAUGAGACAUCCUGCCGAUUCUCUAGCUUGGAUGACUUUUGACCACCUACAUCUUGAUUUCGCAACAGAUUGUAGAAAUGUCAGACGUGGGUUGGCGUGUGAUGGUGUGAACCCUUUCAGAACAUUGAGUAGCACGUAUAGCACCUGGCCUGUAAUUCUUACACCGUAUAAUUUGCCUCCAUGGAUGUGUAUGAAACAGACCAAUUUUCUAUUAUCAUUGAUUAUUCCUGGUCGUAGUGCACCUGAAAAUAAUAUUGAUGUGUAUUUGGAACCUUUAAUAGAUGAAUUAAAGGAAUUAUGGGUGGAUAAAGUAGAGACAUAUGAUGCAUCAAUUAAACAAAAUUUCCAAUUGCGUGCAGCAUUAAUGUGGACUAUCAGCGACUUCCCUGCUUAUGCUUAUUUGUCAGAGUGGAGUACUAAGGGGAAGUAUGCAUGCCCUUCAUGCCACAAAGACACAUGCUUCCAGUGGUUGAAGCAUGGCCGAAAACAUUGUUACAUGGGUCAUCGUCGAUUCUUGGACAAACAUCAUGCAUUUCGAGAUGAUGAGCGAUCUUUUGAUGGUACUAAAGAAAAAAGAACUGGACCCAAUCCUUUAACUGGUUCUAUGGUAUUGGAUAUGUUACAUGGCUUCAAUAUCACUUAUGGAAAGAUGAGUACUAAUCCAGAAUUACCAUAUAAUUGGAAGAAAAGAAGCAUAUUCUUUGAAUUACCAUAUUGGAAGGAUAAUCUAGUGCGUCACAAUCUUGAUGUGAUGCACAUUGAGAAAAAUGUAUGUGAGAGCUUGCUUGGAACACUACUGAAUUUAGAGGGGAAGACAAAGGAUAAUCUAAAUGCACGUCUUGACUUGAAACUUCAAGGUAUAAGGCCUGAACUCCAUCCAAAAGAAAAUGCAGCAAAUAAAACCAUCUUGCCUCCUUCUUGUUUCUCAUUAAAGAAACAAGAAAAAUAUGUUUUUUGUAAAUUUUUGAAGACUGUUAAAGUUCCUGAUGGUUAUGCAGCGAAUAUUUCACGAUGCAUCGACUUAAAGCAACGUAGAAUCUUUGGACUUAAAAGUCAUGAUUGCCAUAUUUUGAUGCAACAAUUACUCCCUUUAGCAAUUCGAGGAAUGUUGAGUUCACAUGUAACUUCACCUUUGAUUGAGUUGAGUAAUUUCUUUCGAGAGUUAUGUUCUAAAGUUGGUUUGGCACAAGACUUUAUGCGUCUUGAAAGGCAAAUUCCGAUAACACUUUGUAAGUUUGAAAAAAUAUUUCCCCCUAACUUUUUUGACAUUAUGGUGCAUUUGGUGGUUCACUUAGCAUCUGAGGCUAGAUUAGCAGGACCUGUGCAUUAUCGUUGGAUGUAUUCUGUUGAGAGGUACUUGAGUAGAUUAAAGUCAUAUGUGCGAAAUAGAAGUCGACCGGAGGGUAGUAUGGCAAAAGGAUACCUUGCAAAUGAAUGCUUGACAUUUUGCUCGAGGUAUAUGGAAGGUGUUGAGACACGAUUCAACCGGAUGUCUCGAAAUUAUGAUGAGGGGGGUAAUGGUACCGAAGGAUUAUCUAUUUUCUCAAUGCCUGGCAGACCAUUAAGUAAGGGCAUGAUAGACACAAUGGAUGAUGGCACAAAAGAAAAGGCACAUCGAUAUGUGCUAUUUAAUUGUGAGACAGUCAACAAAUUUAUUGAGUAAGACACUCCACAUCUGUAAUCAAUUAUUAUUAUUAUU